GUUUCCACACUUCCGCAUGCAUUCCCUCUCAUUCGCUCACUCUUUCUCUCUCUCUCCCUCUCCACUUCUCAAUGUUCUCAUUGGUCUCUUUUCAGUUUUAACCGCUCUGAACUCUAUCCACCCAUCCAAAUACAGCAGCAAAACCAAAACAUCUCCCCAAGAUUUACUCACACUGGUAAGAACCUUGUAGGCGUCAACAAAUCCACUUUCACCUAAUCAACAAAACAAUCCCUUUACCUCUCUUAAGCUUUAUCCUUUCCUUUUCUCCAAUUGGUUGGAAGCAUUUCGUUCCCUCUGAGACUUGUUGGUCUUGAAACUCUGGAUCUGGUUCAGAAUCUAAAGAUGGAGAUGGAGAUGGAGAUGGAUGAUGGGUCCCUUUGUCUCUUUUGAUCUCUCUCUCUCUCUCUCUAUCUAGUAAACCUACACUUCAUUUUUAGGGUUUGCCUUUGCCCCCCACAUCCUCCAAAGAUUUUUGGCUAAAUUUGGCAAAAUGCUGCCAGUUCUGGCACUGGACCUGUCCCUCUCCAAUUAAGCCCUUCCUUCCUUUGCUUGUAAUUUCUUCGCCUUUUCUGGAGAACCAGAAGAAGAAAAAGGUCGAAUUAAUUUAACUGAAGAUUAAGAGAUGGCGAGGGAGAAGAUUCAGAUCAAGAAGAUCGACAACGCGACAGCGAGGCAGGUGACCUUUUCCAAGAGGAGAAGAGGCCUUUUCAAGAAGGCUGAGGAGCUCUCCGUUCUCUGUGAUGCCGAUAUUGCUCUUAUCAUAUUUUCUUCCACCGGAAAGCUCUUUGAAUACGCCAGCUCUAGUAUGAAGGAAAUUCUAGAAAGGCACAACUUGCAUUCAAAGAAUCUCGACAAACUAGAACAACCAUCUCUUGAGUUACAGCUAGUGGAGAACAGCAACUACUCCAGGUUGAGCAAGGAAAUUGCAGCAAAAAGUCAUCAACUUAGGCAGAUGAGAGGAGAAGAAAUUCAAGGACUAAGUUUGGAAGAACUGCAACAAUUGGAGAAGUCCCUUGAAGCUGGCUUGGGUGGCGUAGUAGAGAAAAAGAGUGAAAAGAUUAUGAAAGAGAUCAACGAUCUUCAAAGAAAUAUGAAUGUGCAGGCGAUGCAAUUGACGGAAGAGAAUGAACGAUUAAGACAGCAAGUGGUGGAGAAAUCUAAUGGCCGUAGGCUUGUUCAUGUCGAUUCAGAGAACCUGAUUACGGAGGAGGGUCAGUCAUCAGAGUCUGUCACCAAUCUCUGUAAAUCUAACAGCGGUCCUCAAGACUAUGACAACUCAGUUACAUCUCUAAAAUUGGGGCUGCCUUUCUCUGGUUGACCGAAAGUAGAUGUGGGUUGUAUUCUCUACAAAUUGGGACAAUUGACUUUAAAUGUUGAAUGAGAUAUGAAUGUAACAUUCAACACGUUAAUAUAACCCCACUGUAUUUAUAUGAAAAAAUGCGUAAUGUAUUCGAACC